CAUGACACGGAAUAGCAUGGCGCGGAAGACAAUCGCCAAUCCAGACCUGCCCAAGCCGCCGUCUGGCAAAUAUCCUGCGAAGUUUCAUGCUCGAAAUGUGGCUAAAUGGAUCGCCGACAAUGGAGGUCCUUCCAGCGGGGUCCUUUAUCUCGAAGGCCAGAGUACCAAAAUGACAGAGGACAAUGACCAGGAAUCACAUUUCCGACAACGGCGGCAUUUCUACUAUUUGACGGGCUGCGACCUCCCGGAUUGCUUCUACGCAUACGAUAUUGCCUCAGACAAGUCUACUCUAUGGAUUCCUCCAAUCGACCCGGAAUAUGUCAUGUGGGCAGGCAUGCCACUAUUACCCAAGGAGGCUCUGGAACGUUACGACAUCGACGAAGUCCUGACCACAGACGAGCUGAAGUCCGGAAAGUCGCUUGUUAACAUGCUUCAAAAGCAGCAGACCAUCGUCCACGUAAUCGAAGACCGCGCGGAUCUCGCUGUAUUCAAAGCCGACAGCGUGGUAGCUUUCAAGCCCGACAUCAACUACGAGUGGCUCCGCAAAGCGAUCGAAAUCUGCCGAGUCGUCAAGGACGACUUCGAAAUCGCUCUCAUCCGGCACGCCAACAUCGUCUCCUCCUACGCUCAUGAACAAGUCCUCGCAGCCGCGACCCGAGCUUCGAACGAACGGGAACUCAAUGCUGUUUUCGUCAUGCACUGCCACGCCAACGGAUGCAAAGAGCAAGCCUACGGCUGCAUUUGCGCUGCCGGCACAGCAGGCAGCACGCUGCACUACGUCCACAACGACAUGCCUCUCGAAGGCAAAGACAACAUCCUCCUCGAUGCCGGUGGCGAGUACAACUGCUACUGCGCUGACAUCACACGUACUUUUCCCAUCACAAAGAACGGACGGUUCACGAAAGAGAGCAAGGAAAUCUACGACCUGGUACUCCUCAUGCAAAGCGAAUGUUUCAAAAUGAUCCGCGCGGGAAUGGUAUGGGAAGACUUGCACAUGAAGGCCCACAACGUAGCGGCACACGGGCUACGCGAGUUGGGUAUUCUCAAGAAAGAUCUCAGCGUGGAGCAGAUCAUCAAGUCGGAGAUCACGACCCGUUUCUUCCCGCACGGGCUUGGGCAUUACCUGGGAAUGGACACGCACGACACGGGGGGAAAUGCGAACUACGAGGACCCGAAUCUUUACUUCCGAUAUCUUCGCAUUCGAGGGAAGGUGCCGGCUGGUGCGGUCGUGACGAAUGAGCCGGGGAUCUACUUCAGAAAGUAUCCGUUGCAAGCGGAGCUCGAUGCGGGGCAGUGGGAUGGUGUGGUUGACCAGGAGGUGCUGAGUAGGUAUUGGCGAGUGGGAGGCGUGAGGAUCGAGGACGAUGUGGUCGUGAAGGAGGAUGGCUAUGAGAAUUUGACUACCGUCAGCAGCGAUUGGCAGACUGUUGAGUCGAUGGUA